AAUCGAUAGUUUCAUAACAUGUAGCAUUCCAUGGAAUCUCUACGAUCCAUCGACGUACAUAUUGUGGUAACAAUACAAACUGCACCGAGAUAUGGUAUCGGUGGUAUGUGACAAGACAUAUAUUUUGAUCGUAACGGUCAUACCUACAUAAAAUAUAUCAAAUAUUGUAUCAAAAUGGCGGAUAAGAAGAAAGGGGCAAAAAAGGAAGAGAAGGGCUCUGAGACGAGCGCGUUUAUGAAAGAUUUCCUCGCGGGUGGAAUAUCAGCCGCGGUGUCAAAGACUGCUGUGGCGCCGAUCGAGCGAGUCAAGCUAAUUCUGCAGGUUCAGCAUGUGUCCAAACAGAUUGCAGAAGAUAAACGAUACAAAGGUAUUGUGGAUGCGUUCAUCCGCAUACCAAAGGAGCAAGGUAUCGGCUCACUCUGGCGAGGGAAUCUGGCCAACGUAAUUCGCUAUUUUCCGACACAAGCCCUCAACUUUGCCUUCAAAGACGUGUAUAAAUCAAUAUUUUUGGAGGGGGUGAAUAAGAACACUCAAUUCUGGACGUACUUUGCCGGUAACUUGGCAUCGGGAGGAGCAGCCGGCGCCACUUCUUUGUGCUUUGUAUAUCCAUUGGAUUUUGCACGAACCAGGUUAGCCGCGGAUGUCGGGAAAGGCAAGGAGAAGCUGUACAGUGGUUUGAUGGACUGCUUGUUUAAGACAAUAAAGUCGGACGGGCCCAUCGGUCUAUACCGCGGGUUCAUAGUGUCCGUGCAGGGCAUCGUCAUCUACCGCGCGACCUAUUUCGGCUUUUACGAUACAGCCCGCGGCAUGCUACCGGAUCCUAAGAACACGUCCCUGUUUAUUACUUGGUUGAUUGCGCAGGUAGGUAGAAGUGAGGCAUAUGUGAGAAACUACAUCAAAUGCGGGCUACACGCGUUGGUGCUUGCCUAA